AUGCCGACAUACAUCAAAUCUCUUGGACUCAAUCAAGAAUCACGGGUUUUCCAAUUCGCUUCGUAUGCAUUCGACGUCACGAUUUUCGACACUCUCAUGACUUUGACUGUUGGUGGUUGUGUAUGCGUGCCCUCGGAUACGGAGAGGUCCAACGAUUUGGCACACGCAAUCCAGCACUUUCGAGCCACCCAUAUGAGUCUAACUCCAACAGUUGCACGAAUAUUAGAUCCUGCAGACUUUCCAACACUGCAAACUUUAACUCUCGGUGGUGAGAAAUUGGUAACAAGCGAAUUCUCCAAGUGGGUAGACCAUGUUCGUGUGGUCCAUCUUUAUGGAGCGACUGAGUGUUCUAUGAUGUCAAUUCAGUGCAUUACAGGAACUUCAUCCCAUCUCAAGACGAUAAACCACGAAACCGGAAGUGCUUGCUGGGUGGUAGACCCAGAAAACCAUGAUAGACUGCAAGCCAUCGGCGCAAUCGGAGAGUUGAUGGUCGAAGGAGAAAUCGUGGGACGCGGCUAUCUAGAUGAUCCCGUACAAACAUCAGAGACGUUUAUUCCGCCUCCUGGUUGGCUACGGAAACUGCGCGGAAACAACUGCAACCAGAGCGUGAAAAUAUACAAAAGCGGUGAUCUAGUUCGUUACGCUGCCAAUGGAUCUCUUCAAUUCAUCUGCCGUAAAAACACGCAAAUCAAGCUUCGCGGCCAGCGCAUCGAGCUUGGCGAGGUCGAGCACCAUCUCAAGCUAGCCCUUCCGAGGGCAAGAUUCGUUCUUGCAGAGCUUAUCACAAUGCCUGACUCAUCGCGGCCUCCGAUGCUGAUGGCCUUUGUGCGGCCUGAAGAUAAUUCCAGCUCAGAUAGCCUAACCGGAGGCCGUGAAGCCGCUUUAACUACCAUAUUUGCCGAACCAACUGACGAGUUUCGCUCUCAAGUUCCAGCCACACUAUCGAAAUUGCAGAACUCUUUACCUUCCUACAUGGUCCCCUCGGCAAUCAUUCCAUUGGCCGUCAUUCCACUAACUGGCACAGACAAAGUUAACCGCAAGAUUUUGCGCCAGCUCGCCGCCGAACUACCACGAGAGCAACUGGAAAGAUAUCAGUCCACUGUGCGAUCAUACCUCGCUCCGACUACUAACGUUGAAAAGGCUUUGCAAAAAUACUUUGGAGAGGUAUUAGACCUGCCGCUAGAGCAAGUCUGGGCUGAUGAUCAUUUCUUCUCACUUGGCGGGGAUUCUCUCACGGCCAUGAAACUAGUCUCAAUGGCUCGAAGGGACAACUACAGACUCACAGUCAAAAACGUUUUCAAUAGCCCUCAGCUGUCUGACCUGGCGAAAUUGAUAAAAACUACCAAGAAUGAGGACGACGAGAAGCUGCAACCAUUUGCGCUGAUCGACAAAAAACAAGACGUCAUCAGGGCAGCAGCUCAGCAGUGCCAUCUUCCAAGGAGGGCCAUUGAAGACAUUUAUCCAUGCACCUCACUCCAGAAAGGCCUGAUCUCGGAGACUAUGCGUGAUCCAAGUGCAUUUAUUGCCAAGCUCCAACUACCGUUGCGUUCUCACAUUGAUAUUAGCCGGUUAGAACAAGCAUGGAGUGAUGUGGCCAAAGCCAAUCCUAUCCUACGCACACGAAUGAUCCUAUCCGCUUCUUAUGGCUUAUUACAGACUGUUGUACGAGACAAUAUCCCGUGGACAGUCUCGGAGAAUGCUGAGUGCGAAGACUUGGAUGUCGCUAUUGGCAAACCCUUGGUGCAACUGGUGCUUUGUCGUCCUGCGCCAAGGGAGCAAAACCCAGCAAAACUAGUCCUUAUGAUGCAUCAUUCCAUCUACGACGGAUACACCUUACCCCUGAUCAUUAUGCAGUUGAGGACAGCUUACGAAGGAGGUGUGCUUGACCCUCGACCAGUCAGUCCAUUCAUCCGCUAUCUGGCAUCACUUCCAAAUUGCGCCGACUACUGGAUCCCAGUACUGAAGGAUCUCAAGGCCCCUGUAUUCCCAGCUUUGCCUUCCAAGGCAUAUCAUCCCUUGCCAAACUCAACGGCGAUAUACGCCGCGCCCGUCUCCAGUCCAAGCGCAAAACAAUAUACACCAAACACUUACGUGAGGCUUGCGUGGGCCAUCACACAAUCCCACCAUCAAAAAAUUUCCGAUGUAUUCUUCGGGACUGUGGUAUCCGGCAGAAACGCACCAGUUGAUAACAUUGACCUGAUGACAAUUCCAACGGUGGCAACUAUUCCGUGCAGGGUAACCCUAGAUACCGACAGCGUCGUGGGAGAUAUGCUUCACAGGAUCCAGAACGCCGCGACUGAGGGCAUCCCAUACGAGCAAUUUGGACUUUCGAACAUUAGCAGAUUGGGGGAAUACCCCGCCCAUGCUUGUUCUUUUCAAACGUUGCUGGUCAUGCAGCCCGCUGCGGACUGGGAUACCGACGACUUUUUACAAAUACCCAAGUCGGAUGCCAAUUACCGAGCCGACGCAACUUAUGCCAUCAACUUGUUUUGUGAGCUAGAAGCAGAGAGGCUAGAGGUCACGGCACUUUACGAUGAGAACGUGGUACACGAGAUCAAGAUGCAGCAGAUUUUGGUCGAUUUUGGGAAGGCCUUGCGCUCGGUACGCCAAACCCCUACUAGCGUUGUCGGAGACGUCCUUAAUAUCCUCGACAAGAGUCGCAAGGAAUGA